CAAAUUAAGGCACGCAAUCAGAGAACCGUCAGUUCAGAGRUCCUGUACUUCAGUAAAGAACUACUUGCGAUCAUGGCUGUUUUCUCAUUCAAGCUCGUCAUCCUUGUUGCUGUCUUUAUCGGACAGACUACCGUUUCUCAUCAGUCCAACUAUUGCGGGUUUCCAAGUGAGUGUGCGUCUCCAAAAUCCAAAGCUCAUGCCCCAAACUGGAAGCAAUGUGUCUGGAAAAGUGCCAACGAUGGCAGAGAUAACGGCGAAGUUCAUGAAUGCCUCUUUUACAAACAACGAGCCGAUUCGUACCUCAGGGUUGCCUAUCAAGGCAAUAUUCGAGUUUUCUGCGGCAAUGGUUGCUGUAAACGAUGGUUCUUCACCUUCAACAAGGUGGAAUGCUCAACACCAGCGCCUAUCGAUGCCGUAGUUUAUCAACACUUAACCCCUGCUGGACCGAGCGCCAAUAUUCACCGUUCUGCUACCCAGGAGGGGUACUGUGGGGGCAUUGGUAAAGGGAUCGUUAGGGUGGGGUUCUCGGUAGGUAACUGUGCUGGCCAUGGAGAUGCUGACGCUUACACCAGCUGGAAUUCUGUGAGCAGGAUUGUCAUUGAAGAAGUCGACCCUCCCCAGGCAUGAUUCCCUAAAACACAUGUAACUGAACCAGCUUAUAAACCUGUAAGAAUAAGCUGAUUGACACCAAAUAAAUAAAAAAGAAGAUUGAAUCUUG